AUGCCGCAUCUGAUCGAUCAAGAUCGUACCGCGGACCGGGUUCCGCUGAUUCCACAUGAUUUUGAAUCGCUUUGGAACGGAGCGUUCUCCCUUCCCACUUCUAGCAAUUAUGUGUUGCCAUCGCUGACGGUGCCAAUGUCAAUUGCCAUUGUAAAAAUCAACGACGACCUGGCACUCCAGGAUGUUUACCAAAUUCCCUACCAUCGAGACGGAGGCGUGGGGGCCAUCUUUGAACUCCCAGGAAUCGCCUUUGAUAUUCCUGCCCGGCUCAAGUCAUGA